AUGUUGAAAGAUCCAUUAUCAAAACAACCUGUAAAUAUCAAGACAAAACUGGACAAAUACAUCAUCAAGACACAACCGCCAAUCGAUGCCGCCAAAAGUCAGGAAUCAACUCUCCAAGCACUCGUCAACAAGACCCAUGACCUGACCUACGUCUUUUACCUCUUAAUGAGGAUGGAUAUUACCAUUAAAGAUGGAAUACCCGACAAGUAUCAAUACUUUGCCGAAGUCGUGAGGAAGUCCCUUCUACCCGGCUACAAACUCGAGAGACCUAGUAAUUUCGAGGAUGUGUUCUUUAUAUUCUUAUUAACUAAUCUUGAUAAAGAUCGACUCGAACGACUUGAGCCCAAGAUGAAGAACCUGUUGGUAGACAUUGUCGUCUACUUCAUUGACCAGAGUGAUAUGGACACUGACCUCAACAUACUAGAGGUUCUAAAGGCGUUAAUGUCAUCUGGUUGCAACAUGGAUGUGUUGGCCAAUGACGUUUGUGGUAUGAAGAACAAGCUCACCUUCCUAAAGUUCUACAUCAAGCACUUCAUCCUUGAUGUUGAUGCCUCAUCAGGAGUUACCAACAGUGAACGCAAUAUGGAUAUACUAGUCCGUAUGACAGAGAUAUAUAGUAAGAGUCUAGCCAACAAUGAUAUUAAGACGCCAAUCAAUCAAAAUGGUUGGAAGCAUAUCGGUGAUCUCUUGGUCGUGAGAAUUCAGAAUAUAAAGAGUAUUGUAGAACUCAAGCGCCUGUUGAAAUUGAACCUUACGUUCAAACUAGAAUUGUGGACAAACGUACUUCAUCGAUGCUUCUUUGUUAAUUAUCCAAAGGACUACGUCAUUUACCUCGAGAAUGAGGAGAAUUACAUUCUCGAGGCCAUUGGAGAAACUAUCUAUUCCAUGGUACCAUUCGCAGAACUAAAUGAUUGUCUACUCCAAUGUGAUAAGUUCUACUAUAUGCUCAAGGGCAACAUAUUGAAAGAGAGGAGCAUUGACUUUAUCCCAAUGGACAACAAGUUGAAGAUACUUGGACUGGGACCAUCUGACAAGCUAUGCAUCAUAUAUCUUCAAGAUCAGAUACUAAAGACCACCAAAGAUCCUGCCACCUACAUUGAGUUCCUCAUCAAAUACCCAAAUAUCACCUAUCCCAUCAGGGAGGAUUUUGAAGACGAGGAGUAUAUUGGAGAGUUUGCCAAAGAGUUGGAGCAUCGCCAAUCCAUUGAUGUAGCAUUGUCAAAGGAUGGAAACCAAACAUAUUACCAUUAUUGCCAACAUUUUGCCAAGGAUAUGGUUGAUGUUGUGAACUAUGACAAGGAGUUUGGAUAUCCAAACUGUCUACUCAACCUACUCUAUAUCAACAGGAUCAUGCCUGAUCUCAUCACUGACGUUCAAUCCAAGACCAUGACCAUACCUCUCCUUCAUCGUAUUGAUCAUCUCCUAUCAAUGUCAAGGAAACAGCCAGGUGAGCCAUCACACUGGAAGGCGGAGACCUCUCAAUUCAACAUUUACAAGACACAGCUACUUGACUCUAUGAAAGGAAUCAUUACCCAUUUAUCCAAGGAGUAUGAUGGUACUCUGGAGAGGAAGAUUCACGACAAGUUGACCAACAUGUACUCUACACUCAUCCAAGCACUCAAUGCCCUAUCCCCCAUGUUUGUCAUCAACACCAACAACAACGCCAGUAAUGACAGCAAUGACUGCAAUGACUAUAAUGACAUGAUAAUGACCAACGAUCAGUUGAAGACUAGGAUUAAUGAGUUGUCCCAUCAAGAGACAUUCACAAUGAUCAAUCAAUCAUCACAUCAGCUCAUAGUUCACUUCAAGAUCAAUCACAAAGUUGACGCCAACAACAACAACAUCAACAACAUCUUCGACAUAGUACUUCGAUACUUCGUCCAACAAUCAACAAUGCCUGGCAAGAAGAUUAACAUGGACCAUGUUUGCCACUGUACCAAGCAAUUGAUGGUGGACAUCAUCAACAAGAAGGUGUCGACCAAUGUCGGUCCUGACCUCUACAAACAGUUGUCCGAGAUCACCAACGCUGCCAACUUUGACGAGCAGCUCACUUUCAUCAUCCACUACCUUGGGCAAGAUUCCAGCAAAACGAUCACAGAGAAUGACAUAGGAAGCAUCAUGUCUUUCAUCAGGGACGUUAUAUCCAUUCAUGGAUAUGACCAGAACCAUGACGCAUUGUUUGCAUUCAUCAAGUCCAACCAAUACUUGAACUCAGUCAUCAUUGAUUGUGAUGAGAGCAGGAGUAGGAUCAUACAGAUGAUCGAUCACUAUCAUGCUAAUCCCAAUGCCAACGACAUCAGUGAUCAGAUUAAGAAGGAGCUUGGUGGAAUGGACUACCAACAACUGGACAUCUUCAGACAUCUGCCGCCUCACCUGUUGGCAUUCCUUGACCACCAUAUACUCAACUUCAACCUUGCGUCCAUUGCCAUUCAAUCAAACAUUGCGCUCAACCCAGCAAUGGCCACACUCUUUGACAACACUAAACAAGUCUACACGAUAUUGGAACCAAUCACAUCAAUCACUGUAUUAACGAUAUGUGAUCUGUGUGAGUCUAUUCGCAACAGGAUGCGAUCAACAGAGUUGGUCAACAUCGUCAACAUGCUCAGCUCAGUAUCUAACAAAAUUGAUGACAUUAGAAUGCUGUUUCAGUCAGUGAACAUGUUGUACAGACUACCAGCAGUGGGCAGCCUCAACUACCAGGAAUCAUUCGGGCUACUGCCCAAUGCAUCAGCACGUCGAACUCAAUUGAUCCACUACAUACUCUUGGGAUUGCAGUCGAUCACACGUCCCAAGCAAGACCCAUCAUCGCCAUCCUAUAUCCGGAUCAAACCCCUCAAGCUCUGCGUCAACCUCUAUCAGUACUUCAUGGACAUUGAUGAUGACCAACAUCCUCUUGGUCUACUUCUCCGCCAGGUUGACAUCGGCACACGUCAUAUCUUGGCAAUGAUUGCCAGUAUCUCCACAAUGGAGGCCAUUCAUGCACCUCCACAGGUCAAGGACAACAAGGAGGAGGACCAGCCAAGUAAUCUGAUCAAUCUUGUCCAAAGAUAUCCCGAUCUGCCCAUAAAUGACAUACUCAAUGCGACCAAUCAAGUCGUCGGCUCAUCCUUUGGCAACACUACUGAUCAACUGGGUCAGAUUCAACAGGGAUAUGAUCAUGUCAACCAACCCAAGUAUUGCACCCUGGUUGGACAUCUUUGA